AUGUUUCGCCAAUCCAUCAGAAGAUGCGCUCGCAUCGGCGGCGCAAGCUUCGCGGCCCCUUCCCUCCGAACGACGAGACCCUUCACCCUCAAGUCGAUCGCGCAGUCUUCGCAAAGCCCGCUUCGCGUUCCCGUCAGCUUCAAUGCAUUCAGACUCUAUUCCAGCGAGGCUUCCGCCGCAGUAGCUGCUGAGCCGGCUGUCGAGACAACAGAGCCUUCCGGCUUGACGACAAAAUUCAAGGAUCUGGACAAGCUGGGCGUUCACAAGAACUUGGUCGACACCAUCACCAGAGGCAUGAAGUACGAGAACAUGACCGAUGUCCAGAGCAAGACGAUUGAACCAGCCCUGAAGGGCAUGGAUCUGGUCGCUCAGGCGAAAACCGGUACCGGAAAGACCUUGGCGUUCCUCGUCCCCGUCCUGCAAAGAAUGAUCGCGGCGGAUCCAUCGCUCGCCACCCGCAAGGCGCGAUUCUCCGCCAACGCCGGCGACAUCCGUGGAAUCAUCAUCUCUCCUACCCGUGAGCUUGCCGAGCAGAUCGCCAUCGAGGCCGAGAAGUUGUGCGCGAACACGGGUCUGGUCGUCCAGCGCGCCGUUGGUGGAACACGAAAGGGCGAGAUGCUCAUGAAGACGCGGAGACAAGGAUGCCAUCUUCUUGUUGGUACGCCUGGACGUCUCAACGACCUUCUCUCGGACCCCCACAGUGGUAUCAGCGCCCCGAACCUGGCCGCUAUCGUCCUCGACGAGGCCGACCGGAUGCUCGAUGUCGGCUUCGAGAGGGAGCUGCGGCAGAUUGUCGAUCAGCUUCCCGACCCUCACACUUCCCAGCGCCAGACUUUGCUCUUCUCCGCCACCAUUCCCAAGAACGUCAUUGCCCUGGCCCGCGAAUGGGUCCGCGCCGACAACUUUGACUUCAUUCAGACCAUUUCCGCCGACGACGUUCUCACGCACGAGAAGGUGGCGCAACAUGCCGUCAACUGUAGAGGCUGGGGCAAUGUUGUCCCGGCCCUCUACGAACUGAUUGAGAAGGAGCUCGAGAAGCGUAGCAACAACCCGGACCUGAUGCCCUUCAAAGCUCUCGUGUUCCUCCCGACAUCCGCCUGGGUCGACCUUGUUGGCGAUGUUGAUGAGAGAAUGAGGUCCACUCGCGACAGAGUCUUGGGCUGGAGAAUCCAUUCCAAGCUCACUCAAGCGCAGCGCACCAGGUCGGCCGAGAACUUCCGCAGGGCCAAGUCCGGCAUCCUGUUCUCCACCGAUGUCACCGCUAGAGGUCUCGACUUCCCCAACGUCACCCACGUCAUCCAGGUCGGUACCCCGUCGGAUCGUGAGCAGUACAUCCACAGACUCGGCCGCACAGGUCGCGCAGAGAAGGAGGGCGAGGGAUGGAUCAUCCUCCCCGAGUCCGAGGUUGGUCUGGCCCGCAGGGAGCUCAAGGGUCUUCCCAUCCAGCCCAACACCUCCAUCGAAGCCGCCGGGUUCGACUUCACCAGCCAGUCACAGCCGUCAGAGCUGAUGGCAAAGAUCACGGAGAUCACUUCCCAGCUGAGAGAGGAUACUCUGAGCAGCGCCUACCUGUCGCUUUUCGGACAGAGCAAGGAGAACGCCCAGGAGAAGGCCGACGAGCUCCGUGAGUGGUUCAUCCACGGCAUGCAGAAGGAUGAUACGCCGGCGAUGAGCGCCUCUACCGCUGACAAGCGCGGUCUGCGCAGGAUCCGCGGCCUCAACAUCACCGACCGCCAACCCAGAUUCUCCAGGGACGACCGUGGCGGACGCGGGUUCGGUGGCGAUCGUUUUGGUGGCGAUCGCUUCGGUGACCGUGGAUCUCGGGGUGGUUUCUCCGAUCGUGGAUCUCGGGGUGGUUUCUCUGAUCGUGGAUCUCGGGGCGGUUUCUCCAACCGUGGUGGCUUCUCUAGCCGCCGCGAGCCUCAGGACCCCUUUCAGAAGAUGGAGUCGGAAGGCUCCGAUCGCCGUUCCCGCGGCGGUUUCGGCCGUGGUGGACGUUCCGACGGCGGGCGCGGUGGUUUUGAGAGACGCGAGAGGGCGUCUUUCUAA